AUGGAGUUCCUGUAUGUCUCUCUUGUUUGUGUAUUUGUCUUUUUGGUUUCCCUCUUGCUCUUGUACAAGAACAAAUCCGGAGAAGGACUUCCUCCGGGCAAAACAGGGUGGCCUGUAUUUGGAGAGAGCCUCGAGUUUCUCUCCACUGGUUGGAAAGGCCACCCUGAAAAAUUCAUCUUUGAUCGUGUGGCUAAGUACUCAUCUAGUGUGUUCAAAACUCACCUUCUAGGUGAAGAAGCUGCGGUUUUUUGUGGUGCAUCAGGCAACAAAUUCUUGUUUUCCAACGAAAACAAGUUAGUACAAGCAUGGUGGCCAAAUUCAGUGAACAAAGUGUUUCCAUCUUCAACACAAACAUCUUCGAAAGAAGAAGCUAUAAAAAUGAGAAAAAUGCUUCCUAAUUUCUUCAAACCUGAAGCAUUGCAACGUUACGUUGGGAUUAUGGACCACAUAACCCAACGUCACUUUGCUUCCGGAUGGGAAAAUAAAGAACAAGUACUCGUUUUCCCAUUAACAAAACGUUAUACUUUUUGGUUAGCGUGUCGAUUGUUUUUAAGCGUGGAGGAUCCUAACCAUGUCGCAAAAUUUGCUGACCCUUUCGAUGUUUUGGCUUCUGGAUUGAUUUCAAUACCUAUAGAUUUGCCUGGAACACCAUUCAAUCGCGCAAUUAAGGCUUCAAAUUUUAUUAGGAAAGAGUUAGUGAGGAUUAUAAAACAAAGGAAGAUUGAUUUAGGUGAGGGGAAAGCAUCAUCAACACAAGAUAUAUUGUCACAUAUGUUGUUAACAUGUGAUGAAAAUGGGAAAUUUAUGGGGGACUUAGAUAUUGCUGAUAAAAUAUUAGGCUUGUUGAUUGGUGGACAUGAUACUGCUAGUUCUGCUUGUGCUUUCAUAGUUAAGUAUCUUGCUGAGCUUCCACAUAUUUAUCAACGAGUUUACACAGAGCAAAUGGAGAUAGCCAAAUCAAAGGGUCCAGGGGAAUUAUUGAGAUGGGAAGACAUUCAAAAGAUGAAAUAUUCAUGGAAUGUGGCAUGUGAAGUUUUAAGACUUGCACCACCUCUCCAAGGUGCUUUUAGGGAAGCCCUUUCUGAUUUCAUCUUCAAUGGUUUCUCUAUUCCUAAAGGAUGGAAGAUAUAUUGGAGUGCAAAUUCUACACAUAAGAGUGGAGAAUUUUUUCCAGAUCCAGAGAAAUUUGACCCAUCAAGAUUUGAAGGAAGUGGACCAGCUCCAUACACAUUUGUACCUUUUGGUGGAGGACCAAGAAUGUGUCCAGGAAAAGAAUAUGCUCGUUUAGAAAUUCUUGUUUUCAUGCACCAUCUUGUUAAGAGGUUCAAGUUUGAAAAAAUUAUUCCAGAUGAGAAAAUCAUAGUCAAUCCAAUGCCCAUUCCGGCCAAGGGACUCCCCGUUCGACUCUACCCUCACCACCACAAGCCGUGAUCCACCAAGACUGCAUACAACAGACGCUUGUUAUGGCAACAAAUGUCAAACAUUAUCUUAUUUCAUCUUUCUUUCUCUUUUUUAUUUGUUGCUCUCCAUUUCAAUUUAUUUGGUUUUUUACUAUUUUAGACGUGUGUUGAUUAAUAAAUUUGUGUUCAAUAUUCUCCAUGAGUUGCAUAAUAAGAAAAUUAUUUUCUACUUUUUAUUUUUUGACUUAAAAGUCAUUUAAGUUUGACUUUUUAUUUUUCACUUAAAAAUUACUUUUUAAGUCAA